AUUAUACUUAAUAAGAAAAGAUUAUUCAAUACGCUACAUAUAUGUUUCUGCAUUCAUCAUGGCAAAUCCGCCACCACCACCGUUUCCGACGAUCGCAAUCGUUGACCCUCAGUACUGUGCACCAUAUCCAGUUGCACUUACAAUAAAGAGAGAGAGGACUUUUACGGAGAAAUACACGGUCACAGACAUAAACGGCAACGUCGUUUUUACGGCUAAGACACCUUCCCUGACUUUGCGCGAGCACCGUUUCUUGCGUGAUGCUUAUGGAAACCCUAUUCUCUGUCUUCGCAGAACGCUAUUGGGAACAGAUAAAUGGAAAGCAUUUAGAGGUAGUGGAAGUACAAGCGAAAGGGAUCUAAUCUUCACUCGGGAGCGAUCAUCAUGGUUCCAGCUAAGAACAAAAUUGAAUGUGUUCUUGGCAAAUAACACAUCAGGAGUUUGUGACUUCAAGAUCAAAGCAAGUUUCUCUGAACGAUCUUGGGUUGUUUACAUCGCCGAAUCUGACAUGGUUGCUGCUCGGAUUGUUGUCUUUGAAAUCGACAAGUCUACCACGCUUUUGAUAUGAAUUUGUUUCAAUGGCUAUUUGUUCGACUGAAACUUGAAUUCGAAUUGGAGUAUUUUCAGCUGGUAUAUAGGAUUUAGUAACCUUUUCGUAUCAGAAAAUGUAUCAAGUAAUUCAUUUGCUAUUCUUUGCAGAUGUAUAAUCUUUUGAACUUCUAGUUCACAUUGUCCUGACCGAGGAUCUAAAUAUAUCAAAGAUAACGCAUUCCAAUUAAGUUCUUUUUUAGGAAGUUUAUUCUCUCCCCUUAAUGUUGGAAAUUUUGAUUUAUAAAAAUGACAAUCAACAAAUCGGGUUUUAAAUACAUCUCUAGUUUGUAUCUCAAGAUACCUCACUAUAGAUGGAGAAUCAUAUCGAACGUAUAUUCCUGAUUUUUUUGGGAUCCCAUUUUGGUGCGAGAAGGUGGUGUAAUAGGAACAUAUAUCACACACUUGAAUAUUCUUAAAUGGGAAACAUUUGGCCGCUGACCAAAAGCUAAUUUUAUAGGAGAUAACUUAUGGUAAUUUGUUGUCCUCAAACAAAUAAGUAUUGCAGCAUGUAAAAUAGCAUACCCCCAAGGUGAUGUUGGAAUAUUUGUUCUCAUAAGUAAUCGUCUAAUAAUUAAUUGGAGGAAUUUAAUAAGUGAUUAUGUUAAUCUAUUUUGUAUGUAAAUAUGAGCUAUUGGAUGUUCAACGCUUAUUCCGUUAGCCAUACAAUAAGCGUCAAAGGCUUGGGAAGUAAAUUUACCAGCAUUAUCAAAACGAAUUAUUUUAGUUUGAUUUUCUGAAAACUGUGCUUUUAAUCGAAUAAUUUGAGCAAAUAAUCUCACAAACGCCAGAUUGCGAGAAGACAAUAAGCACACAUGUGACCAUAUCGAAGAUGGGCAUAUUAGGAUCAUAAAAUAUCUAAAAAUUCACAUAGUGGAUUAAUAGGUCCACAUAUAUCGCCUUGAAUCUUUUCUAGGAAUUCAGGGGACUCAAAUCCAAUUUUUAUUGGUGAUGGCUUUAUAAUUAGCUUUUUUUGAGAACAUGCAACAUAACAAAAUUCACUAGAUUUAAGAAUCUUCUAAUUCUCUAGUGAAUGUCCAUAGGAGUCUUCAAUAAUUCUCCGCAUCAUAAUUAUCCCUGGAUGACCCAAUCGAUCAUGCCAAAUUAUAAAUUCAUUUUGGCUGGAAAAGUUCGGGUUUACAAUGACGUGUGAUUCAAUUGCACUAAUUUUAGUAUAAUAUAACUCAGAUGAAAGUGAGGUAACUUUUCUAAUAUAGCCUUUUUAUUUGAAUCAUGAGUUGUGAUACAUAAGUACUCAUGAUUUUUCUCAUUCAUUGUUUCAAUAUGAUAUCCAUUCCGACGAAUAUCUUUAAAACUCAAUAAAUUUUUUAGAGACAUGGUAGACAUAAAUGCAUUAUUUAUUAUGAAUUUCGUUUCUUCGGGAAACAAAAUUAUAACUCUUCCAGGGCCUUCUAUCACAUUGCCUGAGCCAAUAAUAGUAUUAACAUAUUUUUCUUUUGGUACAAGAUGUGUAAAAUAUAAAUUACUUUUGAGAAUGGUAUGCGAACUUACACUAUCCGUAAGGCAAAUAUCUUCACUAUAUGUUCUUGUCAUUUUCUUCAAAGACAAAUAAUAAUAAU